UUCUUUGUCAUUAUUUUCUUUUGCUUAUCAACAAUCAACAAUUGAUUUAACAAUAAAUAAUGACGAUAUUACAACUGAAUCAAAUAUUGAACAAAGAUGGCAAUCGAAUGAUGACGAAUAUGUUGAUGAAUCAAAAUUUAAUAAAGCAUAUUAUAAACAUGAACAAGAUUUAUUAGCAAAUAUUUAUGCACCAAAACGAACUUAUAUAUCAAUGCAUGAUGAUCAUAUUCAUCCAUCGAAUUUUUCCUAUUUUACAUUUAAUAGUCUUGGUACAUAUCGUUUUAUUUUAAUAUCAUUACGUGGUGAUGCUGAUAUAUAUGUUUCAACACGAAAUAAAUAUGUUUCAUAUGAUAAUUAUGAAUAUAGUUCAUGUACAUGUGGUAUUGAUGAAAUUUUUAUUGAUUAUAAUAUAAAACGACCAAUUUAUAUUGGUAUAUAUGGUUAUUCACAAUAUCAAAUAAGUCAUUAUCGUUUACUAAUUGAAUUAGUUGAUACAAAAAUUCCAACAGAUGAAAUAAAUACUGAACAAUCAAAUGAUGAUAAAUCAUAUAAAUCAACAUAUGAACAACAAACAUCACAAAUAAAUAAAAAAACUUCAACAGUUACUGUCGAAGGUGAAGAAGAUCAGCAACAUUUACUUUGGAAUAUAUUUUUAUGGCUUUUGAAUUUUCUUGUCGAAGUGUUAACUUGA